UACGAUUGUAAAUAUACAUUUCAGAAAAAGUGUUUUUAAAAUGAUUCGAGAGUAGAUAUUUCUUUUUCAAGUUUGAAAACAUUUGGAUUUUCGAACAGACGAACUUAAUUUAGGAUCAAUAUGUUUAACGGACGAUUGAAGGUUUCUGUGUGUGGGGCCGCUGAGCUUCAGCAAACGAACUUCAUGACUAGGCUGAAUUUUGAGAAGGAGAAGAAACCUGAUCUUGACCCUUAUGUAGCGAUUGACGUCGACGAGGUUUUCGUUGAAAGGACCUCGACCAAGCAAAAGACGCGGGACCCGGACUGGAACGAAGUCUUUGACACAGACCUGCUCCGUUCUGCAGAGGAGAUUGGGUUUACAGUCUUUCACGAUGCAACCGUGCCCCCAGAUGAUUUUAUCGCCAACUGUAAGAUCCCCCUGGCCGAGCUUAUUGAGAAAGAAGCUCAACCUGUUCAUGAUAUUUGGGUCAACCUAGAACCUAAGGGUAAACUACAUGUGAAAGUUGAGAUAAUUUGGGCAACUCAGGAGGAGCAAAACCAGCCUGCCCGUUCCUUCCAGGUAAACGGGCAUAAGUUUAUGGCAGUCUACCUGAAGCAGCCGACCUUCUGCUCUCAUUGUAAAGAUUUUAUUUGGGGCCUAGGAAAGCAGGGUUACCAAUGCCAGGUGUGCGUAUGCGUUGUGCACAAAAGAUGUCACGAGCUCAUAAUUACGAGAUGCCCUGGAGUUCAGGAAACCCUGGAGGACAAUAGUGGAGCUAGGUUUAAGAUCAAUGUUCCUCACAGGUUUGAGAUCCACAGUUACCGCACAUUCACGUUCUGUGACCAUUGCGGAUCCUUGCUUUAUGGUCUUCUCAAGCAGGGGCUACAGUGUAAAGUGUGCAACAUGAACGUGCAUAAGAGGUGCAAGGAGAACGUGGCCAACACCUGCGGUAUUAACCCUCGGCACAUGGCAGAUAUUCUACAGGAGAUGGGUAUGAGUGUUGGUAAAUUGUCCCUUCCUAAACCUAAGAUGAAACAUCGGUCAGCUGCCGGGGCAGACAGCGGGCCGGUCUCUCAAUCAGAGAAGGAAUUGGACGAGAACUUGAUGGUCAAAUUACAGAUUGAGGCACAGCAUGAGAUGGAUCGUAAGAUGAGGGAUAGGAUGGCAAACCUUCCUCCUUCUCAGAGCAUUAAGAGGAAGGAGGAUGGGGAGAAGGAGAAGGUUGGUAUAACCAGUCUUCAAGAUCUUGUAAACAAACAAGCUGGACUUAACAAAUCCUCACUUGCAGAAUUCAAGUUUUUAAAGGUUCUGGGCAAGGGUUCCUUUGGCAAGGUUAUGCUCUCUGAGAAGAUUGAUACAGAAGAGGUCUUUGCUAUCAAGGUUUUGAAGAAAGAUGUAAUCAUCCAAGAUGAUGAUGUAGAGUGUACAAUGACACAUAUAUAGAGUAUAAAUAUAGACUAUGAUCAUUCUGUAAUAUAUAAAAAGUAUUUCUGUCUGGAUACGCCGGACCGAUUGUUUUUUGUGAUGGAGUUUGUGAACGGUGGAGACCUAAUGUUUCAAAUACAACGAGCCAGGAAGUUUGAUGAAUCCAGGGCAAGGUUCUACGCUGCUGAAGUAACUUUAGCUCUGCAGUAUCUGCAUAGGCAUGGAGUUAUUUACAGAGAAGGAUUUGAACACGAUUACGGCGCAAGCGUGGACUGGUGGGCCCUGGGUGUCCUCAUGUACGAAAUGAUGGCGGGGCAGCCUCCCUUCGAGGCGGAUAACGAGGACGAUCUAUUCGAGUCUAUCCUUCAUGAUGAUGUUCUUUACCCUGUCUGGUUGAGUAAGGAAGCAGUCAGCAUUCUUAAAGGGUUCAUGCAGAAGAAUGUAGCGAAACGGCUUGGUUGCAUAAAGGCGCAUGGAGGAGAAGAGAGUAUAAAGCAUCAUCCGUUUUUCCGGGAUGUAAAGUGGAAGGAACUGGAAGAGAGGAAGGUUAAACCACCCUUCAAACCUAAAAUUAAAAACCGGAAAGAUGCUCUGAACUUUGACAGCGAGUUCACCAAAGAGGAUCCUGUUCUAACUCCAGUCAACAUAGAGAUACUAAAAACAAUUAACCAGGAGGAGUUUGCUGGAUUUAGUUUCCAGAAUACAGAGUUCGGAAAACUACUCGCUGGAGGUCCAACCGUAGCAAAGAAGCAUUAAACUUUUACUCUACUAGAUAUUCAUGAAAGUAUUUGCUGUGGGAGAUGGUAAAUGUGUACAGUAUAAACCUGAAGAAUCAGUGCUCUUUCGUCUGCUCUAACAAUACUUAGAGAAAAUUCCUCUUAGUGCUCUUCUAAUACCUAGAGCAAUCUUCUAGUGCUCUUUUCUUAAACCUAGAGCAAACCCACUCUCCCCAGCAUUUGAGCCAACCAAGCUUUUUAGCGAUAAUUGCUUUGAAACCCUGGAUUUAUAAACUGGGGGUUUAAUAAUAUUUUUUCAGUAAUUGCAACCUUUUCCUAUUGCAUUCUUGCUCGUAACAUCAUUGAUUAGGUUCCGCGCAUUCUUUUUAUUUAUUUUUUUUCUACUCAAAAUUCUCAGCUAAAAAGUUUCGUAGAUUUUGAUAUCUCUGAACUUGUGAAAAUUGAAGUUUAAACGCAUAUAUUUUCGACCGUUGAUUGUUAUGUAAACAUUCGUUGUUUUUCCUAAUUUUAUCUUAGAACUAAAUCGAAACUAAGAAAGUGUUCACUAUUCUUAAAUUUAGCGUCAUAUUAUUGUCUUUGGUUAAAUCCACGCUAACGGUGAUUUUAAAAAAAAUCCUAGUCAAAAGUUACUGUUUUAUAAAGUUUAAUGCCCCUCGCCCCUCACCAUUUAACACCGAAGUAUGGGUUUAAACAAAAACUUGUGUUUUGGAUUUUUGCCACUUUUGAUUUUCGUAACACUUCUGUUUUAAUAAAAUGCCUAGAUAACUAAAACGGCCUAAUGUAAUUUGUACACCGUGCAAACGUAACGUACAUAUUGUUAAACGCACAAAUUAAAAUCUAGACACACAAGAAAGCUGGGCACAAUUUCAACUAUCUUGAAAUUUAUACAAUGCCAAAUUAGUCGUGGAAGACGACAUUGUUUUCCGCUUAAAUUUUUUUACUGGGGUUACCAUCUUCCUAUUUAAUCUUCCCUUGUUCCGGAACAGUUCUUCGUGGAUUUUUAAUAGGAUUGUUCUUGAUAUUAUUAUGUUUUAUAGUCUAUUACAUAUUUUAUUUGUUAAAAACAAUUUUUUUGACUUUUUGUAGUUAUUAAAACUGGUUGUUGUCCAAUCAGGAACUAAAGGUUCGCUCUACAUUUAGAUGUUUUGUUGUCCUUCUUUAAGAAAUUCGUCAACUUUUUAGAUAUUUAAAAAUUUGUUUUCUAACAUGUGCCACGCCACUGUAACUUAAUUGUAAUGCCGCCAAAAUGAAUCCAGCAAUGAGUGGCAUGUUAUGAAUUCUGCUUUUAUGAGAAAUAGUAUUUUGCGGAUUUUUGUCCAACGCAAAAAUAGCGCAUUUUCUUUAAUGUUGGCAGUAGCUUCCCAUGUCACAAAGAAUAUUAUUGAACUUUAUUGAAUGACUGAAAGGAUUGGAGAAACCAAAUCUAUUUAUUUAUUUAUGUAUGCCUUUAUCCCCAUCUACCUAUAGCCCUCCCUUGAAAUUACUUGUAGUAAAAUAUGUGAAUGUGUAACAAUACUAAAUAUUUUAUAAAAUCUUUACUUUCUUAUAUGAGAUUGAUUUUUAAAUAUCAAUUUUGCUAAAAAUUGUAUUUUCUCGCGUUCAUUAUUUAAUUAAUCCCCCAGAUACAGUUAUUGUUGGUGAAUUUUUAAGAGUUGUCGUGUGCGUUCUGAGUGAUUGAGCAUUAUUUAGGAAGUCGGAAUAUUUCCAGAUUUUCUGGGAUUUGUUUCUUUUAAUUUUAAUGCUCCCUCGCUUAUUUGUUAAAAAAUUUCUAAUUUGCUUCUUGAAUCUAAAAUAUGGCGACCUAGGAUAAAUAUUGAAUGAUUAUGUAAUGUUAGCUUGAAUGUCGGGCGUUUUUUCCCCAAUUUAUUCUUUAAUAAUUAGAAUUCCAUUGUAUGUCCAAACUUAUUGACCAACCUUGCCUGUAUACUCCCCCCCCUCUCGUAAUUAACCUUUCUGUAUUAUGCCCACCCCUGAAACUUCCCUAUAUUUGUCCCCCUCCUCCCCUCCCCCUCGCCUGAAUUGUCUGUUGAUUAUAGAUGUAUGUAUUUAUAAAUAUAUGUCCUGUACCGUU